AUGGCACAGGUAAUAGGUACAGUAGGUUCUAUAGAAGUGAAUGGAGUGUGGAUCAAGCUUAAUAAUGUACCAAGGCCCUGGACCAGAGACCCGGGUCUGGAUGAGAAGGAACCUCUUGUGCGACCCAUUGAUAAUCUACUCACCUCAAAAAAAGGUUCUAUAGAUCCAUGGGAACAAAAAAUAAGGGUGCAAGUGGAUGCAGACGAGGCUGGCGUAGAGUGCGUGGCCGGGGCGGGCGGCGCGGGUGAGGGCGCGCAGGUGCAGGUGGGCGGCGGCCGGCGCCCGGCGGCGGCCCCACGUGCCCGGGCGCUCGGCGCUCAGUCGCUAGUGAGCAGCCGUGGCCGCCGUGUCGCCCGCCCGGCCGUCCGCCGCCGCCGCCGCGCCGACAGCGACAGAUUACAGGGAGGUGUUACAGGCGAGUGGUUGUGGAGGGCGCGUCGCGGACCAUGUCGCGGCGAUGACGCGGCGCGCAGCGCGCGGCAUGCCCUGCUGACAUGGCACGCAGCCGCUCCGCCCUCCUUACGCUGGCAGCUAUCGCAGCACUCGCCGGGUGUUGUGUGUGCGCUCCGCAAGGGAGUGUGCAGGGCGGCGUACAAGGGGGCGCGCAAGUGCCGCCCGGGGUCCCGCACUCCACCGCGCCUCCGGCCGGAGUCGGAGGCGUACGAAGGUUCAGUCAAUAUUCCAGAGGCAGAGGGUACCGCGACUGGCGCACACGGGGCGACCCCACGCUCAUCAACUCACUCUGGCGCAGCCGGCAGCCGCUAG